UCGGCCAUAACUUAACCUAAUAAGCAGAAUUUGAUGGAAGAUGUAUGGUAAGCACGUGGUUAGUUGAACGUUUUCGGCAAAGCUUGAUUAGUAAAAAAAAUUUGUGCGAAGAUGAGUGACACCGAAAUCAAUCAGAUUUUAGACGUCAACGAUGAUGACGUUUCCCAACAUCAUUCGAAACUUAUCGAAACUGUGAGACAGCUCGAUAUACGUCGAAAAGAGAAGGCGGAAAAAAUCGAACCUAUUAUACAAGCGAUAGAAAACUCUUUACCAAGAAGUGGAGUGAUAGAUAAGAAUGUAAAAAAAUUGAUGGGAAGUCAAAAAAAAGAUCAAAACAUAAAUAAAUUGCACAAGAAAAGAAGAAAGAGAAAAGAGAGUGUGUUUCCUAAAGUAUUGGAGAAACUAUCCGCUGAAAGAGUAAAAAGGACAGUUGGAUACGAUAAUGUCAAAAAGGAUUUGAACAAAUGGAAUGCCGUAGUUGCUAGGAAUAGAACAGCGGAUCGGCUGUUUUUCCCAUUAAAACGAACAGAAGAAGUGAAAGAUGCUUCAAAAAUUCCUCAAUUUUUGAGAGGAUUCAAAACAAAAUCUGAACUAAUGAAAAAAUUUGAGGAAGUAGAUCCAUCGUUACUAUAUCCUCCUGCCGAGGAAGAAAAAAAAGAUAAUGAAUACAAAAUGACAACAGAAGAAAUGAUAAUAAGGAGGAUGGAAGCUGCCAAGUUCAGAGCACAGCAGUCGUACCAAGAGGCAAAGGCGCGUCGACAGCGUAAAAUAAAAAGCAAGAAAUUUCAUCGCAUUCAAAAAAAAGAUAAGAUUAAGCAACAACUGAAGGAGUUUGAGAAAUUGCAAAAUACUGAUCCAGAAGAAGCUUUGGCAAAGUUAGAACAGUUAGAUAAGACUCGCGCAGAAGAGAGAAUGUCGUUAAGACACAAGAACACAGGCCAAUGGGCUAAGAAUCAACAGAUCAGAGCCAAAUAUAACAAAGAAACUCGACAGGUACUUGCUAAUCAAUUGGCCAUUAGCAAAGAAUUGACACAAAAAUUAAAGAGAAUAGAUAGUGAUGAGGAGGAGGAAGAAAAGGAAGAUGCAAAUGAGAUAUUAUUAAAAAAUGACAAUGAAAACAAUGUGAAAACUGAGAAUGAAGUUGAUGACUUUAUCAAGGAGUAUCGAAGAUUCUGGGAUGAGAAGCAUCAAAAAAAAGAAGAGGACAAAGAAGAAAAAAAUAUCGAAACUUCGAAUGAAGUUACAUCGGAAAAGAAAGAGGUGACAUUAUGUAAUAAUAAAGUACAUCACAAAAUAAUAAAUGUAGAGAAAAGUAAUGAUAAUUUACAAGAAAAUGCAAAUGAUGUGGAAAGCAAAAAUACAAACGAUGCGGAGAGCGAAAAUCUAUGCAACGCUAUAGGUGCUACAUCUGAAUGGCAGAUUGAAGAAUGUAAAACAGAAGAAACAGAAAGUAAAUUAUGUAAUAAGAAAUACAGAUCACAAGACAUAAAUGAAAUCUUUGAUUCCAUGGAAGAAAAACUGAAACAUAAAGUAGACUUAAGGUUGCAAAACGUAAAGAACAAAUUUAAAAUAAAGAAUAACGUGGAAAAACAAAAGGAAGAGGAGAAAGAGAAACAGAACGAAGAUGAUUUAUCGAAGCUCGAAUUUAAAAAUACCAAACAGAAACCUAUCUUGGAUUGUCCACUGGAGGAAACGACUUCUAGGGAAAACGCGCAGACGGAUAAAGAUUUAACGAGUUUGAAAACAGCGAGUGCAGAACAGGAACCGACUAAUAAUAGCCAUGCAGUGGAAAUAGACCCAACAAAAUAUUUAAAUAUGAAAUCAAGAUAUUUAAGGACACAGAUACCAGAUAUAGUUACAGGCGAAGAGGAGAAUUGUGAUCAAGAAGAGGAAAUGCACAAAAUAAUGAGCGAGGCAUUCGCGGACGACAAUGUUGUCGAGGAAUUUAGGAAGGAACAGGAGGAAGAGAUAGAAAAGUCGCAGCCAAAGAGCAUCGAUCUGAGCUUGCCGGGAUGGGGGAAUUGGACGGGACCAAACAUCAAGAAGAGUAAAAUACGUCGUAAAAAGAAACGAUUUAUAUUGAACAUGCCUAAAGAAGCGCCGCGCAGACCCGAAAACCAGGGCAAAGUCAUUAUAUUCGAGAACGAUGAUAAAAAAUUGAAGAAACACCGCGUUAGCGAACUACCGUAUCCAUUCACCAGAAUCAAGGACUACGAAGCGAACAUCAGAGCUCCCAUCAGUCGGACUUUCGUCCCGAUGAAUGCUCAUUUGCAGAUAAUACAGCCGACAGUCAACACCAAGCUUGGGCAAGUGAUUGAACCUAUGGAUGAGGAUGUGCUGGUGAAGAAACCGUCAUUGAAGAAAUCACUAAAACGACGUAUCGAUAAAAAAACUACCACAAGGAAUGUUAAAAGACAUAAACCAAGUAAAGACACAAACCAAGUAAAAGAUACAAACCGAGUAAAAGACACAAACCAAGUAAAAAACACAAACCAAGUAAAAAACACAAACCAAGUAAAAGAUACAAAUCAAGUAAAAGACACAAAUCAAGAAACUGCACAAUAAGAUUAAAUGUACUAUUGUACAUUUCAUUAAUUUAUAGAUAAAAUUUGUAUCUCCUAUCUUAUCAAUUAAUGAAUCAUUAUUGAUAACAUAAUAUUUAACAUUUGUUGAUCAUAAAUUGACAGCAUAUGUGCAAUUUAUUCAAUAAAUUUUUAAUCACCAUAUUCAAA